GUUUAUAGAUAAUCCAAAAUAACGAAGCCUUACGCUUAAUUUUUAAUGCAUUCAUUAAAAGUAUGGAUUAUCAAGAGUGGAGAAUUGCAAUUUCUAGUUAACCAACCUUUAUAAUGAACACUUGUGAUAACCAUUACCAUUAUCAAACAUUCGUGCCAUAUUUGUAUACUUCUAAAACUACAUUUUCAUUCAAUAAGCUACAUAUUUGAAGUGAGAUAUUUUUAUUUAUUCCACCUUCCUCCUCUUGUAAAUAUUCAGUAAAUUUUGUAAAAUGAGUUUUUGGGUACACUAUGACCUACAAAAACCAUCAUUUUUGGCAGAAAUUUAUAAAACUCAUUUCAUCUCUAAUCUGAUCAUUGAGGAGAAAGUUAUUAUUCUGAAUAGACGAUGAAGUGACAAACGAAUUUUUAUCGCGUAAAAUAAUCUUUUUCGAUUUCAUAUUCAAAAAAUUUAUAUCUGUGGUAUGACGUUGAGUUUAUCGUAACUUGUUUUAAUUCCAGUGAUCAUUAGUGAUAUUCUACGUGUCUAAAAUAAUGCCUGAUGUUACCAUGUUCCUCAUUUAUUUUUUGUUCGCCUUUACAUUAACCCAGUGUUUCGGGAAUCCCAUUAGCCCUGCACAAGAUGAUAAACUUAUUGGUGUAGCAGUAUUGUUUAGACAUGGCGAUAGAAGUCCGAUUGAGUCUUAUCCGAAUGAUCCUUAUAUCGACAUUAAAUAUUGGCCAGAAGGACUUGGCCAACUUUUAGACCAAGGAAAAAAACGGCAAUUCGAAUUGGGAAAAUACUUGCGAAAUCGCUACAAUGAUUUUAUCCCUCUGCAAUACAAUCGCAAAGAUAUAUUAGUAAAAUCGACCGAUGUCGAUCGAACAUUGAUGUCGGCCGCUUCGAAUUUAGCAGGUCUCUAUUUCAAAACGAAUAAAUCAACUUACUGGGAGGAUAAUUUACCGUGGGAUCCGAUACCCAUUCACACAACACCCGAAGAAGAUGACCCAGUGUUAGCCGAGGGAAAAGAUUGCCCAAACUUCUCGAAAUUGUACGAAACGACACUAAACUCCUCGCACUUUCGAAACAUCGUACAAAACCACAGCGGCAUAAAAUCAGUCGUAGAAAAAAACACCAAUUGGACAAUCGAUUCCAUCAAGUUUUACCAGAACCUCUACACAGUAUUCUACGUCUACCAAUCAACAAACUCCUCGUACUUGCCCCCUUGGUCUCGAGACUUGGACAUGUCCGAACUCAGUCACCUAGCAGGCAUCUCGUUCUCCUCCGAAACAUUCACCAGCGAACUCCAACGCUUCAGAUUCGGCCCGUUCUUUCACUACCUCCACCAUUACUUCGACGGCAUCAUCAAGGGCAAGAAGCCCAGGUUCCUGAUGCUCUCCGCCCACGACACCACCGUCGCCGGAAUCUUGAACACCUACGGCGCCUACGACUACCACCCGCCGGAGUUCGCGGAAGCCAUCAUCUGGGAGCUGCGCCGAAGGGCCGACGAGGUCUUCCUGAAAAUCUUCAACAAGAGGAAUCCCGGGAACGCCGCCGAGAUUCGCUUGGCCGGCUGCGCCGAGGAAUGCGAUUACGAGCGAUACAAAAAAACGCUGGAGCACGUCGCCGUCGAUCCGGAAAAGUGGGAAGAAGAUUGCUACAACUAGUGCGUCAGUGUGAAUAGAUAAUAAAAAAUUUAUCGC